AUGCCAGAUAGCGACGGUGUGACUGGCUCAACGACGAAACACAAUGGCCGCAAGAGGCCCUCGCAGGGCAGAGUAGUGCCUGCUAUCCCGCUGGCACUGAGCAAGUCCCGUCCGAUCAAGAGUCAGCCGAAGGCAGAGGAGCUGCCAUUGACAAGUGAGACAAAUGCAGUGCAGGCGGUGCAGAGUAGCAGUAAGCCAGUAGAUGGUGCGGAUGGUGAUGAUGUUGUGCCUUCCACUCCAGAGACAAACGAAGUGAAGAGGGAUGGUGACAGCGCGGAGCACACGACCAAUGGAGUAAACCAUUCAGCAACAGACACACCUGGGUCACGAGAUAGUGUACAGACACCUUUACUCAAUGGCGAUGACGAUGACGACUCGUCGACGGCUAUCCUGCAAACACCGGCAUCUGUAGAGACGACGCCUAACGAGGCAGCUCCGACUGUAGUGAGCCCAUCUGGAGCUCGAAGAUUUGAUAUGCGUCCUCUUCGAACCCAGCUUCCGCCUGCAUUCGUGCCCUCCGCAGAACGCUACACGCCACAGUCUGCUUCUUCGCCUUGGCAAGAUCAGCACCCUCACCUGCGAAACCGCACACAUCACCCAAGCACAAGUAGCAUCGUCUUUGGCGCGCACGACUCGUCGACCUCCUCGCCUCUCCCACCUCAGUCAGCCGACUCAAAUGCCCAAUCUCAACAAUGGCCGCCACUAGGUGCCAAGCCACCGCCAUCGACUUCUGCGCCAUCCGCUCACGCUCACCAUGCUUCCGAGCCAUUUCCACUUCGAGGGCAGCAAGGCAUACCACACAGUGCAUGGCAGAUGCGCCCGAACCACUACUCGCAGAUGCAACAACACUUACCACACCCCGUCCAUGCUUCCUUCCGCUACCCACCUCGCGAGGUCUUCACGCCUGCUGAGGAAGGCGCACCGAAUAGGAACUACGCAAGAUCUCGAUCCAUAUCACAAACAUCCGCCAAGGUAGCGAGAACCGGCGACGAACUGCAGUCACCUUUCGCUGGUGAUGUGCCAGAUGGUGUUAAGUACAUGCCACGCGAGCACCGAGCGCCCUUUCAGCCAACUCCUCCGAAUCUCAGACAGGCUUACUAUGGUCAGGCGCCACCGUCAUUCCCACAGCACGAGCAAACGCUGCGGUUCGAGAAUGCGGAAGCUAUUCGUCACCAUGUUCAGUCACAAUACGGCAAUCCCUUGCUAGCUGACUGCCAUUUACAAAUACUCGAAUACGGUGAGGGCGGUCAGCAAUAUCUCGAUGCGCACAAGAUCAUACUCAGCCGCAGUCCCAGAUUGCUCGACCUCAUCCAGUCCAGCGAUCCGCCGGCUUCGGCAGAUCUAAAGCUACAAGUCCAUAUACCACUACGCGGGCCAUAUAUCCGCAUACGAGAACUUACCGAAUGCAUACAAUAUCUAUACGGCGGACCACUAGGCGCGCUCGAGCAGCUCAGACAUCCACAUGCGACACCGGAAGGACCGAUGAGCAACGAUGAGCGGAUGCAAGGUGCUUUGCAGUAUGUCGCCACUGCAGCAUGGCUCCAGCUACCCGUGAUUGCAGGAAGGGCGAUGGGCAUCGCUUUGAGCUUCCUGCACUGGGACACUGUGCCUGCUGUUCUUGCUUUUUCGCUGGACGGUGGACUCGGCCCCGCUUUCACUGUUGAGGAUGGUAGUGAAGUAUCUUGCUCUUCAAGCGACGAUUCUCUCGGACGACCAGACGGCAUCGGCAUACCCACAUACGACCCUUACUCGACCGAUCUACUGCAUCGCGUCAUCGACUUCACCGUCCACAUGUUCCCACCAAACUUCUACCUCGACGCCGCAGCACCACAACUCCCUCCCUGCCCUCGACUACCCUCAAUGCCACACUCACACGAAAGCAAAGCCUCGCGAUCCGACCCCAGACUCAGCCAGAUCCGCUUCGGGGAACUCUCACAAGAAGACCACGGUCGUCCAUCAGCAGGCACGACAAACAUCUCUAGCAUCUUACUCUCCUUACCAUUCGCUUUGCUAAAAUGUAUCCUGGAACAUAAUGGUCUGGUCUUUCAGCUCGGCGCGGAUACCGUGGCUAGCAUCAUGCGGCAAGUCAUUGCUGAGCGUGAAAAUCGGCGGAAGAGGAUCCUGACUGCUCGGACCGCAAGUCAGGUCCAGGUGCAAGAUGGGACUGAUUUGCAGCUGAUACAGAAUCUGUAUUUUGAGGAAGCUGUGGAGCCAUCGAGUCAUCAUCGUGCGGGUUUCAGGUUGGCGAGGAAGAAACGGGGGGUUGAUACGCCGCCUUCUUCUGGCGCUGUUUCGGAGCAGAGGGAGUGA